CCCCGGGCGCCGCAGCCAUGGCGGAGCGCCGAGCCUUCGCGCAGAAGAUCAGCAGAACGGUGGCGGCUGAAGUGAGGAAACAGAUCUCAGGCCAGUACAGCGGCUCGCCUCAGCUUCUCAAGAACCUCAGCCUCGUGGGCAAUGUUUCCCACCACGCCAGUGUUCCCCUUACCGAAGCUGUGGACCCAGUGGAUUUGGAAGAUUACUUAAUCACUCAUCCCCUAGCUGUGGAGUCUGGGCCUUUACGGGAUUUGCUUGAAUUUCCCCCAGAUGACAUCGAAGUUGUUUACAAUCCCAGGGACUGUCGAACCCUUGUGUCAGCUGUACCUGAAGAGAGUGAAAUGGACCCGCAUGUUAGAGACUGUGUAAGGAGCUAUACUGAAGACUGGGCCAUUGUGAACAGAAAGUACCACAAACUGGGAACCGGCUUUAAUCCUAACACAUUAGACAAACAGAAGGAAAGGCAGAAAGGUUUGCCCAAACAGAUCUUCGAAUCCGAUGAAGCCCCCGAUGGUAACAGCUACCAGGAUGAACAAGAUGACCUCAAAAGGCGAUCCAUGUCCAUCGACGACACUCCGAGGGGCAGUUGGGCCUGCAGCAUCUUUGACUUGAAGAAUUCUCUGCCGGAUGCCCUGCUCCCCAGCCUGCUCGACCGGACUCCAAACGAAGACAUUGACCAUCAGAAUGACGACCAAAGAAAAUCCAACCGGCACAAGGAGCUUUUUGCGCUGCACCCGGCACCAGAUGAGGAAGAACCCAUAGAAAGACUCAGCAUUCCUGAAAUACCCAAAGAACAUUUUGGUCAAAGACUUCUUGUAAAAUGCCUGUCCCUCAAAUUUGAAAUUGAAAUUGAACCCAUUUUUGCAAGUUUGGCUUUAUAUGAUGUCAAGGAAAAGAAAAAGAUUUCAGAGAAUUUUUACUUUGACCUUAACUCUGAACAAAUGAAAGGCAUGCUGCGCCCCCACGUGCCCCCUGCUGCGAUCACCACAUUGGCAAGAUCUGCCAUUUUUUCUAUCACUUAUCCCUCCCAAGAUGUAUUUCUUGUAAUAAAGCUGGAAAAAGUUCUACAGCAAGGAGACAUUGGAGAGUGUGCAGAGCCGUACAUGAUUUUCAAAGAAGCAGAUGCCACUAAGAACAAAGAAAAGCUGGAGAAGCUGAGGAGCCAAGCAGACCAGUUUUGUCAAAGGCUGGGGAAGUACCGCAUGCCCUUUGCUUGGACAGCAAUCCACCUGAUGAAUAUCGUCAGCAGUGCUGGGAGUUUGGAGAGAGAUUCCACUGACGUAGAGAUCAGUGCCGGAGAACGCAAAGGAUCAUGGUCUGAGAGGAGAAAUUCCAGUGUUGUUGGCAGACGAUCCCUAGAGAGGACAACAAGUGGAGAUGAGGCUUGUAGCCUCACCACCUUUCGACCAGCAACCCUCACCGUGACAAACUUUUUUAAGCAGGAAGGAGACCGCUUAAGUGAUGAGGAUCUAUAUAAGUUUCUGGCUGAUAUGAGAAGGCCAUCUUCUGUCUUACGGAGAUUAAGACCCAUCACAGCUCAGCUGAAGAUCGACAUUUCUCCUGCACCAGAAAAUCCCCAUUACUGCCUAACCCCCGAAUUGCUGCAAGUCAAACUCUACCCUGACAGCAGAGUUAGACCUACUAGGGAAAUCCUGGAAUUUCCUGCCAGGGAUGUGUAUGUCCCGAACACUACUUACAGGAAUCUCCUCUUUGUAUAUCCCCAAAGCCUCAAUUUUGCAAAUCGCCAAGGCUCUGCCAGGAACAUUACUGUAAAAGUCCAGUUUAUGUAUGGAGAGGAUCCAAGCAAUGCUAUGCCGGUCAUCUUUGGCAAAUCCAGCUGUUCAGAAUUUUCAAAGGAAGCCUACACAGCUGUAGUGUAUCAUAACAGGUCCCCAGAUUUCCAUGAAGAGAUCAAAGUGAAGCUUCCCGCCACCUUAACGGACCAUCACCACCUGCUUUUCACCUUCUAUCACGUUAGCUGCCAGCAGAAGCAGAACACGCCCCUGGAGACUCCAGUCGGCUACACGUGGAUACCAAUGCUUCAGAAUGGGCGGUUGAAGACUGGUCAGUUCUGCUUGCCCGUCUCCCUGGAAAAGCCACCACAGGCUUAUUCGGUGCUCUCUCCUGAGGUGCCUCUCCCGGGAAUGAAGUGGGUAGACAACCACAAGGGUGUUUUUAAUGUGGAACUUGUUGCUGCGUCUUCUGUUCAUACCCAGGACCCUUACCUGGACAAGUUCUUUGCUCUGGUUAACGCCCUGGAUGAGCACAUGUUCCCAGUCCGAAUAGGAGACAUGAGGAUCAUGGAAAAUAACUUGGAAAACGAAUUGAAAAGCAGUAUUUCAGCUUUGAAUUCCUCUCAGUUGGAGCCAGUGGUGCGAUUUCUUCACCUGCUGCUUGAUAAGCUGAUUCUUCUUGUUGUGCGGCCACCCGUCAUCGCCGGCCAGAUAGUGAACCUUGGACAGGCGUCUUUCGAAGCCAUGGCUUCCAUUGUCAAUCGACUGCACAAAAACUUGGAAGGGAAUCAGGACCAACACGGCCGAAACAGCCUUCUGACGUCGUACAUUUAUUAUGUUUUUCGCCUGCCCAAUACCUAUCCCAACUCGCCAUCACCAGGACCCGGGGGUUUGGGAGGGUCCGUGCACUAUGCUACGAUGGCUCGAUCUGCCGUGAGACCUGCCAGCCUUCACUUAAAUCGCUCCCGGAGCCUCAGUAACAGUAACCCGGAUAUAUCCGGGACUCCGACAUCUCCGGACGAUGAAGUACGGUCAAUCAUUGGAAGCAAGGGCUUAGACCGCUCCAAUUCCUGGGUUAACACUGGUGGUCCAAAGGCUGCCCCAUGGGGAUCCAACCCCAGUCCAAGUGCAGAGUCAACACAGGCGAUGGAUCGAAGUUGUAAUCGUAUGUCUUCGCACACAGAGACGUCAAGUUUCUUACAAACAUUAACGGGACGUUUGCCAACUAAAAAGCUUUUCCACGAGGAGCUGGCUUUGCAGUGGGUCGUCUGCAGUGGCAGCGUCCGUGAGGCGGCUCUGCAGCAAGCCUGGUUCUUCUUUGAGCUGAUGGUGAAAAGUAUGGUACACCAUUUAUAUUUUACGGAUAAACUUGACGCUCCAAGAAAAAGCCGCUUUCCAGAACGCUUCAUGGACGACAUCGCCGCUCUCGUCAGCACGAUUGCCAGCGACGUGGUUUCGCGGUUUCAGAAGGACGCAGAAAUGGUGGAAAGACUCAACAUGAGCCUGGCCUUCUUCCUCAACGAUCUGUUGUCCGUCAUGGACCGAGGCUUCGUCUUCAGCCUUGUCAAGGCCUGCUACAAGCAGGUGUCUUCGAAGCUUUACUCGCUACCAAACCCAAGUCUCUUGGUGUCCUUGAGGCUAGACUUCCUGAGGGUCAUUUGCAGCCACGAACAUUAUGUCACCCUGAACCUGCCCUGCAGCUUACUCACACCGCCAGCCUCACCAUCCCCGUCUGUGUCUUCUGCGACAUCUCAGAGCUCUGGAUUUUCCACAAACGUCCAAGACCAGAAGACAGCAAACAUGUUCGAGCUGUCCCUGCCCUUCCGCCAGCAGCAUUACCUGGCGGGACUCGUGUUGACUGAGCUGGCCAUCAUCUUAGACCCUGAUGCAGAUGGUUUGUUUGGAUUGCAUAAGAAAGUCAUCAACAUGGUACACAACUUACUGUCCAGCCAUGACUCAGACCCGCGGUACUCUGACCCCCAGGUAAAGGCCCGGGUGGCCAUGCUCUAUCUACCUUUGAUCGGCAUCAUCAUGGAAACUGUGCCCCAGCUGUAUGAUUUCACAGAGACUCAUAAUCAGCGGGGACGGCCGAGCUGUGUGGCAGUGGAGGAUUAUGAAAGUGAGGGCGGAAAUAUGAUAAGCCAGACGGUGGCCAUGGCGAUCGCCGGCGCGCCGGUCCCGCAGCUUGUGAGGCCCAGCAGCUUUCUGCUCACUUCUUCGACGGGCCGGCAGCACUCCGUGUUUUCCGCAGAAUCGAGCAGGAGCCUUCUGAUCUGCCUGCUGUGGGUCCUCAAGCACGCGGAUGAGACCGUCCUGCAGAAGUGGUUCACGGACCUCUCGGUCCUGCAGCUCAACAGACUGCUCGAUCUGCUCUACCUGUGUGUGUCCUGCUUCGAGUACAAGGGGAAGAAAGUCUUUGAAAGGAUGAAUAGUCUGACAUUUAAGAAGUCAAAAGACAUGAGAGCCAAGCUAGAAGAGGCCAUCCUCGGAAGCAUUGGAGCCAGACAAGAAAUGGUGCGUCGAAGCCGAGGGCAGCUCGAGAGAAGCCCAUCAGGAAGUGCCUUCGGGAGCCAAGAAAACCUGCGGUGGAGGAAGGACAUGACUCACUGGCGUCAGAACACGGAGAAAUUGGACAAGUCAAGGGCAGAGAUUGAGCACGAAGCACUUAUUGAUGGAAACCUUGCAACGGAAGCAAACCUAAUAAUUCUGGAUACAUUAGAGAUAAUCGUGCAGACGGUUUCCCUGGCGGAAUCCAAGGAGAGCAUCCUGGGCGGGGUGCUCAAGGUGCUCCUGCACAGCAUGGCCUGCCACCAGAGCGCCCUGUACCUGCAACACUGCUUCGCCACGCAGCGAGCCCUGGUCUCCAAGUUCCCCGAGCUGCUCUUCGAGGAGGAGACGGAGCAGUGCGCAGACCUGUGCCUACGCCUCCUGCGUCACUGCAGCAGCAGCGUCAGCUCCAUCCGCUCCCACGCCAGCGCCUCCCUGUACCUCCUGAUGAGGCAGAACUUCGAGAUCGGCAACAAUUUUGCCCGUGUGAAGAUGCAGGUCACCAUGUCGCUGUCGUCCCUGGUGGGCACCUCACAGAGCUUUAACGAGGAGUUCCUGCGGCGCUCCUUGAAGACCAUCCUGACGUAUGCUGAGGAAGACCUGGAGCUGCGGGAAACGACGUUCCCGGACCAGGUGCAGGACCUUGUCUUCAAUCUCCACAUGAUCCUUUCUGACACGGUGAAGAUGAAGGAGCACCAGGAAGACCCCGAGAUGCUCAUCGACCUGAUGUACAGAAUCGCCAAGGGCUACCAGACGUCUCCAGACCUGCGUCUGACCUGGCUGCAGAACAUGGCCGGCAAGCACUCUGAGAGGAGCAAUCACGCUGAAGCCGCCCAGUGCCUGGUGCACUCGGCCGCCCUGGUAGCCGAGUACCUGAGCAUGCUGGAGGACCGGAAGUACCUGCCCGUGGGAUGUGUGACCUUCCAGAACAUCUCAUCCAACGUGCUGGAGGAGUCGGCUGUGUCGGACGACGUGGUGUCUCCCGACGAAGAGGGCAUCUGCUCGGGAAAGUACUUCACGGAAGCUGGGCUGGUGGGGCUGCUGGAGCAGGCGGCCGCCUCCUUCUCCAUGGCAGGCAUGUACGAAGCCGUCAACGAAGUUUACAAAGUGCUCAUUCCUAUUCACGAAGCGAAUCGGGACGCAAAGAAGCUGUCCGUGAUUCAUGGUAAACUCCAAGAGGCAUUCAGCAAAAUUGUCCAUCAGAGCACGGGCUGGGAGCGGAUGUUCGGCACCUAUUUUCGUGUGGGUUUUUAUGGGACCAAGUUUGGGGACUUGGAUGAGCAGGAGUUUGUAUAUAAGGAGCCCGCGAUAACCAAGCUUGCCGAGAUCUCGCACAGACUGGAGGGGUUUUAUGGAGAAAGAUUUGGAGAGGAUGUAGUUGAAGUAAUCAAAGAUUCUAACCCUGUGGACAAGUGCAAAUUAGAUCCUAAUAAGGCAUACAUUCAGAUCACGUAUGUGGAGCCAUACUUUGACACGUAUGAAAUGAAGGACAGAAUCACCUACUUUGACAAAAAUUAUAAUCUUCGACGGUUCAUGUACUGCACACCUUUCACUUUAGACGGCCGUGCCCAUGGGGAGCUCCAUGAGCAGUUCAAACGGAAGACCAUCCUCACGACGUCCCACGCCUUCCCUUACAUCAAAACCAGAAUCAACGUCGUUCACAAGGAGGAGAUCAUAUUGACACCCAUUGAAGUUGCUAUUGAAGACAUGCAAAAAAAGACCCAGGAGCUGGCCUUUGCAACGCACCAGGACCCAGCAGACCCCAAGAUGCUUCAGAUGGUCCUCCAAGGGUCUGUAGGCACAACUGUAAACCAGGGACCCUUGGAAGUUGCCCAAGUUUUCCUGUCAGAAAUACCCCACGACCCCAAGCUCUUCAGACACCACAAUAAGCUACGUCUGUGCUUCAAAGACUUUACGAAAAGGUGUGAAGACGCCCUGAGAAAAAACAAGAGCUUGAUCGGGCCCGACCAGAAGGAGUACCAGCGGGAGCUGGAGAGGAACUACCACCGCCUCAAGGAGGCCUUGCAGCCCCUUAUCAGCCGGAAGAUCCCUCAGCUCUACAAGGCCCUGCUGCCCAGCACCGGCCACAGAGAUUCCUUCAGCAGAAUGAGUCUUCGCAAAGUGGACCUCUAGGGAAAGACAGAGCACUUGCCCCAGUCUGUUGAGAAGAAAGCCCUGUCUUCAACAGAAUCAGAACCUAGGACUUCAUUUUGGACACACACCUUCAUGUCCUUCCGUGGAAGAGUUCAGUGGUCAGGAUGAUACUGAAUUGUCAAAUGUAGACUGUUACUGCGUAAAAAUCAUGGCUGUGGUUUCCAGUGUCCUGGGAGAUGCUGUGAGCUUUUCAAAAGCCAUUUCUAUGAUUCAAAGGUACACUAAAUACAUUUACUAUUAUUUAUAGCAUACCUAAUGUUAAAUUUAUUUACAUUAAGUUCAUAGAUUUAAUUUAUAUUAGGAACUUUUCCAGAUGCAUUUUUGAACCAUUUUAAUGUAGUAAUGUUUAUUUUAAAGGUACUUAUUAAAUAUGUGGAUGUUUUCACUUAUUUUAUUCUGACGUGAACAUUCCCAUUUGUUGGUGGUGGCAGAGCUGAUAGAAAAUGAAUUUAUAGCUGUUGUUUCCAAAGUUAUUGAAAUGAAAGUUAUGACUGGUGACCAUAUAGGUCCAAAUGAGAGUAACAGCCCUGUUUGGAGAUGGAUAAUGGGAGCGUAUGAAAUUGUAAAAUGAAGAGACUGUCGUGACAGUUGCCUAGUUCCAAGCUUCUGGCCUUGGAUGACACACACACGGGUGGGCAUUGGCUGGGGCAGGGACUUGAUGCAGCAGGUAGACUUCCUGGAGCCUGUGCUAUGGCCCAGCUUCCCAGCCAAGGGCUGGAGGGAUGGUCCCACGUGAGGGCAGGGUCCGUGUGCUGGGAGGGGCUCUGGAGCCUGUUCUGAUUCAGUUCUCUGGCUCCAGGGUAUUUAUUUCUGGACAGUUCAGCCAGUGAAACAGCGAUUGCCACACAGGCCCUAACGACCGUUUUCUCUAGAGCUCAAGCCACCUCCGAGGGAGCGUCGGGUCAUUUGGACGUGAUGGUGAAAUGGUGUGGGAUUGUAUUUUCAGAAUCUAUCUUAGCUGUUACUUGAAAAUCGCACCUCUGGUUAUGUUGGCACCUUGAAACGAUUUUCUAGGGAGAAACCGAUUAUUGUCAGAAAGUGCCAGAUAAAGAAGCUGUCAUUUGUAAGUUCUCAGUUUAUCCGUACUUAACCCUCUGGCAGGAAAGAAAUACGUGUCCGGCCUGAGAACACAUGGGAAUAACUGGAGGCUUUGCACAAAUUGAUGCUCUUUGACGGCAUUUCUAAUCCAUGUGUUGUGUCCUGUGUUUGAAUGAUGCUGUUCAUUGAUCCCAGGGAAGCAGACCUUUCUUCUGUCUAGAAGUGAGCAACGUGACUUCUGCUAGUGAUACCAAAACAAGGAGCCAGAUUCUGUAAAACGUGCCCAAAUGGGCAAAAGCAUUUUGAACUGACUUCCCGCGGUAGCGGGUCUGACUGACCCGGAGGGAGCAGCUUCUAGCCCGGCCUGUAUGUGGAUGUAUACCAAGCAUGGCUGCUGACUGGCACCCCAAGGUAGGUGCCUAGAGAGACCCUCACACAUCCUCUCCCAGAGGGCUGCAGGCUGCUCAGCCUCAUGCAGGUCUGGGCUCGAGGGGAAGAGAUGCAGUAAGCAAAGCAGGGCCCAGCAUCUGCUCUAGCCCCAGACGACAAGGAAGGUGAUAACAGCUAACACCGAGCUAAGCAGGGUACAGUUAUCUCCCUUGAUCCUCACAACCAUCCUGGGAGGUAGGUGCUGUUAUCACCCAUUUUACAGAGGAGGAAACUGAGGCAGAGGUGAGGUGACUUGCCCAGGGCCCCAUGGCUAGGAAGGGUCUGAGUUGAACUUUCCCGACUCCAGGCCAGGCUUUGGUAUUUUACUCAUUCUGUGACCAUCUUUGGGCCAGUCAGCUCCUUUCCUUAUCCAGAAAUUAAGUGGGGCUCUCAGGUUCCACCCAUCUGGUCUGAGUAGAAGGCUACAGGACAAGCCCCAUGGGGAAGCAAAGGGAAGGAAGCCCUUCUGCCUGCAGCCAGAACCAGGGCAGCUGGAGGGCGUGCUGCCUUUAGAGGACAUCUCAGGACAGGGCGGCUCUGGGAGCCUGGCUGCAUUGAUAUUCCCAGGGAUGGGUCACUCACUAAGAUGGGUGAGAACGAGUUUGUAAAGAUAAGUGAGUGUGAUGGGGAGUCCAGGGGUUGGGAGUAGAGAAGAGGCGGAGGCGGCCUUUGCCCAUCACUGUUGAGGCCUCAUGGACUGAAGCAGCUUUGCAGCCUGCUCGCAGGACCGUCAGGACGCCUUCAAACGUAAGUACACUUCCCAUCAGGUCUGCCUGCUGUCUCGCCGUCACAAUGAAGGCAUGCAGUAUGUCCAGCUGUUGGAGAUUAGGCAAGCUUUAGUUCUGAAAGCUGUACAAGAUGCUCAUCUCCCAUGAAGUGCCCACCUGAGGUACCACACACAUAAGUUAACCCUACAACCCCAGAGAAUAGGAGUCCUCAGUAAUUCAGAAUGCGCUUCAGGGCCACGUCACGGGUCUGGCUCCCAAUUUACGAAAGUAUUGGACUGAAAAAACUCGCCACAGGAGCUCUCUGGUUUGUCACAGAACAGUAUGAGAGCAAAUUAGCCCAAAGGCCUGACUUAAUGCCUCUGAAGUCUGCCUUCAGACUCCUAAGCCAGUCCCUUCACUAAGGGCCCUUUGCCUUACGGGAAAAAGAAACCUCAAAACAUUCUACCUCGACUAUUUCCUAACAUUUUUAUUAUUGAAAAAAAUGCCUUCCCCAGUGUUCAAACAACACACUACCGUUUACUGUGGUUGUUAUGCAGCGACUGUUCAUUUUGACUAAAUUAGCAGAUAGUAUAGUCCAAAACCUCAAAGGCCAUCUCAGGCAGCCUUCCUACCCUCCAGAAUAAAAGCCUAAUCUUGAGUGGCUCACACCCGGAGUACUGUGUCCAUUUCUGGACACCACCCUCUAGAAGGGCAUUGUGGUGAGGGCCUUGUGCCUUCCCCAACUUAGCUGAAUGGGUAGAUGUUUGAUCUAUAAGAGAUUGUGUGCAUGGAACAAGAAUUGUCUUGGAUUAUUUGAAGGGUAACGUGGAAGAAAGGAACAGACUUCUUCUUAGCCCCACCACGUCAAAACUAGAACCACCAGGGGGUACUUCUGGGGAGGCUCAUCUUGACUGUCAUGCUAGGUGUGAGAAACUGACAAUGGAGCUUAACACAGGGGAGUGGGCCACAAGUGGCGGGGGCCAGUCCUCCAGCCUGUUGACCACUUGUUAGGGUUGGUGUUCACAAAGCGAUCUUUGAGCAUGCUUGCGCAUUCAUCCCACCCCCGUUGGCCUACUUAGCACAUGGAAGACGAGGUGACAUCAGGCCCAAUAUUUUCCUUUUAACGAGCAGCGACCUUACAGAAAUCAUUGCACUCUCAAGUCUGUUUCCUCUUCUGUAAAACUAGUUUCUACUUGGUCCCUCACAGCUGCAGCAUCUUAAGUGGGAAGAUAGGCACCCAUUAAUGUUUCUUAACACAGUAGGCACUCAAUCUAAUACUUUCACCUCCACACUAUCAUUUUCCUUGUAGAAUAUAUCUUCAGUCCGAUAGGAAUUUUGGUGUAGUUCAAACUUAAUACACACAUGUGCUACAAAAAUAAUCAU